AAUAUAUUCCAAUUUUGUGCCCUUAUCCCCUCCAAAACAACAUAUAUUCUUGAGUAGGUUUAUUCCCUUUGCCUUCCGCCAACACCGAUUUUAUAAAAUCCCCCCAUAUUUCAUUAUAAUUGUUUGCUUUGCUCAUCCCUUUUUUUAAAAUGUAAUUUCUGCUGUUAAUUUAUCAUUCGUUGCCAUGUUCCAAAUUUCGUUAUACCACUCGUUUCUUUGAUUAUACCAAUUUCGUCCAAAGUGAGCUGUGUCAACCUGCGAGGUGGAAUUUAUUAUUUAUAUUACGUGAAAUAAUAAUUCGUACUAAGAUGCCAGUUUUUGUUUUUGUUUUUCCCCCUUUUUGUGCCUAGAAAAAAUAUGCUUCUAAUCUAAAAUAUUCCUUCCGGGCCACAAAAGCUGAGAACGAACAUUUGAAAAGUGGGUCUCCCGAGUCGGAUGUGACUUUGCCCAUGUUUCACUCUCCGUUAACGUCUUCCGCCGGCAGCAGGUUGCUGGACAAUGCCCUCAGUGCCCGCUCGGAUCCUUCGGUUAAUCUGCCCGGCCGGAGUGUCCACUCCCAGACGAUUGAGAGUGCUCUGGUGCCCUGUGAUGCUUGUGAAAGCACCCAGGCCAGCCUGCAGGAAGUGGGCAAGGCCAUCAUCGACCUCUGCGGCUCCUUGAACAUCUCGUCUUCCCUGGGCAAGUUCCUCAAGAUGGUGGAGGAAAGACUUGGAGGCAAGCUGCUCACGGUCAUGGAUGUCGGCUACUGGGCCACCGAGCAGAGCAAGGACCUUUCCCGCAUCAACAAACACAUCCAGAUGCUGAUGGGGCUCAUCAACCCUUUGAAGGGGGAGCUGGAAGAGUUUGAGAAGCAGAAGAACGAGCUGAAGCAGCAGCUGGAGAACCUGGACGGCUGUCUGCAGAAGGAGAAAGAAGCCAAGAGGCAACAGAGGGAGGAGACCGAGAAGCUCUUGCAAAAAAAGGAGAGGGAAAGCCAGCAACUGAUGGCCAAGCUGCAGAAGGCGAAGGAGGACCUCGGAAACCGAGCUGUUUCUCUGGAGGCGAGUCUUUCCACCUUGAAAGCAAAGCUGCAGGUACAGGAAAGCACCAUCCAGGAACUGGAACAGGCCCGAAAGGAUCUGCAAGAGGAGAUGGAGUCCAAGAUGGUGGACAAGGGCGAAGUAGACAAGCGGGAGGAGCAGCUGAAGGCCCUGGGCAGCCAGCUGGAGAGGGUGGAGGAGCAGCUGAACUGGACCAGCCUGGAGCUCAACAAAGAGAGAGCCAGAGGGGAGAGCAUGCUCCAGCACCAGGAGUCCCUCCAGGUCAAGCAACAGAAUCUAAUGGAGCAGCUGGACAGCCUGGACCAAGAAUACGAGCAGCUGAAGACCACCAUGGCCGACAGUGAAGAUGACCGGCAGAUGAUGAGAGAGAGGCUGAAGGAGAUCCAGGAAGAAAAGUGGGAGAUGCAAAGCCGGCUGGAGGCCCAGAAGGAGCUCUGCUGUAGAAUUCAGAAAGCUUGCAAGGUCACCUGCACCGCUCUCUCCACCCAGAAGCUCACCGAGAAACUGAGGCAGGAGAAGCAGAGCUUGGAGCAAUCUGCUUCCGAACUACAGAGGACCAUCUCCGAGCUCGGGGAGCUGAUCCACGAGAUGAAGGAGAAGGAGAAACUUUUGGUCUUCUUCCCAGAUCUUCACAUCCCCGUCGAGACCAAGUUUGAAAUCUCCGGGAAUGUCAUGGAAGACAUGGGAAAACAGCUGCAGGCCAACAACAUCCGCAUCAGCGUUCUGGAGGAAGAGAAUUCCCGUCUCCGAAACGCGAUAGGCAAAAUGAAAGAGCCGCCCCAGCAGGAGACGCAGAAGUUUGCACUUCCAACCCAGCUGUGGAUUCGGUCGGCCGAAAAACCCGGGCCUCAAGACAACGCAGUGCCGCCUCCUGUGGGGUACCCCGCAGCGUCCGGCUUUCAGGGACAGGCUUCCAGGCCUCCGACGAUCAGCAGCAGCGCCACAGGAAGCGCCUCGCGACACAAACCUCUGAACAAACCUGCGGCCUACAAUCCCGCCCCGCAAUGGACUUCCGGCAACCAGCCGCCCAGGACCCCCUUGGGCCCUGCUCCGUUCAAUCUUUUCUACAAGGAGGCAGUAAGCAACCCUUACGCCCAGGCCAAAGGGAGAGGCCGUCUGCCUCCGCCAGGUUACUGUACCCGCAACCACCAGAAAUAAAGAGAAGCGCGCUCAAGAA